AUGAGUAACCACAUCCCGCUACAGGAUCUGCUCAAUGGGCUAUACUCCCUUUUCAAAAAAGGCGACACAUCCACUCGCCGUAACACCGUUGAUCUCCAAAUCAAGGAAGGCGCUGGCACCCGAAUUCGAUCUCGGGCAAACACAUUGGAACUGAAACUAAACGGAGACAUCGUACGAGGAAAUACUGAGGACAUGCCUUCAACUCCUCGAGUUCCACGAACGUUGUCGGUGAAGACGUCGGAAUCGGCCAACGGAUCUGCGUCAAACUCACCCAGUUCGGAGAACCGACAAAACGUCACCAUAGACAAUUCUCAGACGUGGUCCGCGUUCAACCCGAAGCGACAGUUCUACCUCUUGAAAGCGGUUUUCAUCGUCCUCUGUCUUGUCGAUAUUAUGCACUGGGCAUAUCUCUUGAGGUUUGUAGAGUUGUCUUUCCAU